GGAAGGAUGGUUCUGCGGUGCCAGGUUGAAGUGUUGUAUUUUGCAAAAAGCGCUGAAAUAACAGGAAUUUGUUCCGAGACCAUUUCUGUGCCACAGGAAAUAAAAGCAUUGCAGCUGUGGAAUGAGAUAGAAACACGACAUCCCAUAUUGGCUGACGUCAGAAAUCAGGUGAUAUUUGCUGUUCGUCAAGAAUAUGUCGAGCUUGGAGAUCAGCUCCUCCUGCUUCAAUCAGGAGACGAAGUUGCCAUUAUCCCCCCCAUUAGUGGAGGGUAGUGCUUUUGAGCCACUUGAGAAAGAUAUGAAUGAAGUUGAAGAGAAACCUAAAGAUAUCAUAAAAUUCACUGCUGAGAAACUUUCAGUAGAUGAAGUCUCACAGUUGGUGACUUCUCCACUCUGUGG